AUGCUCACCAGGGAAAGCCCAGUGACCAUCUGGUGUCAGGGGUCUCUGCAGGCUGUUUUCUACCAUCUGUAUAAAGGUGGAGUCUCUAAACCCUUGGUUACAGAGACCCCACAGGACUCCAGCAACAAGGCCAGAUUCUCCAUUGAAUCUAUGAGCUCACAGACUGCAGGGCUGUAUCAGUGUGCAUACAACACCAGCAGGAAUGGCUGGUCAGAGCGCAGUGACCCCCUGCCCCUGGUGGUGACAGGUAAGGGGGAGGAGCUGGGUCCCCUCUCACUGUGGGCUCCUCCUCACAGGCAGAAGGGAAUGAAGUGUGGAAUCCAGGGACCUCAGCCCUCACAGUCCACACCUGGGGUAUGUGGGCUGACGGUCCCCCCUUUAACACAGCUCCCUCCUUCUCCCUCAGGAGUGUACAGUGCACCCUCCCUCUCAGCCCACCCAGGCCCUGUGGUGGCAAAAGGAGGGAACGUGUUCUUAACCUGUAGCUCAGAGUCCACACUGGGCAUUUUCCAUCUGCUGAAGGAGGGAGCAGCUGACCUGCCACAACACAUGGAAUCAAGGACUUAUCGUGGGAGGUGGCAGGCCCUCUUCCCUGUGGGCCCCGUGAACACCUCCCAUGGAGGAACUUACAAAUGCUAUGGUUCCUCCAAAGCCUACCCCUAUGUGUGGUCACUCGCCAGCAAUCUUCUACAUCUUGAGGUCACAGGUGUGUACAGGGAGCCCUCCCUCUCAGCCCAGCCUGGCUCGCUGGUGCUCUCUGGAGACAACCUGACCCUCCAGUGUCACUCAGAGGCCGGCUUUGAUAGUUUCGCUCUGACCAAGGAUGAGGGGCUCACACCCCCCCAGCAUCUUUGCGGGCAGCACAGCCCCAGCUUCCCCCUGGGCCAUGUGAACCACACCCAUGGGGGCCAGUACAGAUGCUACAGUGGAUACAACCUCUCCUAUGUGUGGUCAGCCCCCAGUGCACCCCUGGACAUCAUGAUCACAGGAAUGUAUGAGAAGCCCUCCCUCUCCACCCAGCCGGGGCCCUCAGUGUCCUGGGGAGAGAAGGUGACCCUGCAGUGUCGCUCUGAGAUCUGGUUGGAUACUUUUCAUCUGUCCAAGGAAGGGUCACUUGCUCCUCAUCAGCACCUUCGUCUGGAGGACACCAAUGAACCCUUUCAGGCCAACUUCACCAUCAACCCUGUGACCUCAGACCAUGAGGGGACCUACAGGUGCUACAGUUCAGACAGCACCUCCCCCUACCUGUUGUCGCUCCCCAGUGACCCCCUGGAGCUCCUAGUAUCAGGACCUUCUGGGGACCCCAGUCCCCCACGCACAGGACCCAUCUCAACAACUGAAGGAUCUGACACCAUCUGCACAUCACAAAACAAGUCAGACUCAAAGAAUGCCUCACAUCCCCAAGAUUACACAGUGGAGAACCUCAUCCGGAUGGGCAUGGCUGGUUUGGUCCUGGUUGUCCUUGGGAUUCUUCUAUUUCAAGCUUGUCACAGACCACGAAGACCCUAAGAUGCAGCCAGGAGAGAACAAUGCAUUGUUCAGAUUGGUAGAGCCUUGGAAAUAAAUUUUUUGUUCCCAGAAGUUUCUGGAAGGCCAUCUGGGGCAUAUGCUGAGUGAACUGUCUGCAGGUCAUUGCGAGGUGGAGGAAUCAUUGUUCCUGUGCAGGGACAAUGUCUAGACUCUUCUUCCAUUAAAUUGUGGAACUUUUCUUCCUGACCACUGUUGAGUUAUCUGUUUUUCCUUUCAGAACAUGCAAUCUGUUUUAAUAAAUCAAUAAAUUGUAAUAACAAAGAUCCAGCCUGAAAGAGGUCAAUCCAAAAUGGUGCCCUAACGCCCUCUCUGGACUCCACAAGCACUUCACUUUUGAUCAGAUGCUACCUGUGUAGUUUCUUUGGAAAUAUCAUGA